CAAGAUCAGAAAUCAACAAUAGCUUUGAAUAACAAGAAAGAGAACGAAGAUAUUCACAACUUUCUAUGAGAGCUCAUUUGCUUAUGGUAUCUUGACGGCUUGAAGACGGAUUUAAAGAUGAGAUUUUAGUAAUCACUUCAUGAAACCAACCAAGGAUACAGUGUUCAAGAUUCCAAUACAGCUAUACAGACUGGUGCCAUUUCUAGGGAUAUAAAGCCCAUGAGAACCCUCUAAAUUCAGCAUGCUAUUGCUAUAAGGUUCUCCAGAAUCAAUUGAGUUGUGAAAGUCAAACAUGGUUCAAUCGUAUAAUCUUCGUGAUACAAACUUGUUCAAACCUUUGAAAGUUGGUGAUGUUACACUAUUAAACAGAGUUGCUUUAGCUCCUAUGACCAGGAAUCGUAGCGAUGAGGAUUUUGUUCCAAAUGAGCUAGCAAGUAUCUACUACAGCCAAAGAUCCAAAAGACCUGGUACUUUAGUCAUUUCGGAAGGAACUAUCAUCUCCUUGGAACCAGCCGGUAUGUUUGUUCCACCUGGUGUUUUCACUCCAAAGCAAUUGAAGGCAUGGGAAGGUAUUUUGAAAGCUGUUCAUGCAAAUGGUUCAUUCAUGUUUAUCCAGAUCUGUGCCUUGGGUGGGUUAGCAGAUCCUGCCAAAUUGGCUUCCAAAGGUUUGAAAUUUUCAGCUCCAAGUGAUGAUGUUUAUAUUGAUGCACAACAGGAACAAUUGGCCAAAGAGUCUGGAAAUUUGGCUCAUGGUUUAACAACUACUGAAAUUAAAGGGUUGGUCAAUGACUUUGUCACAAGUGCUAAGAAUUUAGUUGAAAUAGGUGCUGAUGGUGUUGAAAUCCAUGGUGCUAAUGGGUUCUUACUCUUUGAGUUCCUGUACAGUAGCUUGAACAAACGUACUGAUGAAUAUGGAGGAUCAAUUGAAAAUAGGGCACGCUUAAUAUUAGAAGUGAUUGAUAACGUUGGAGAAGCUAUUGGCUACUCAAAAGUUUCUUUAAGAUUGUCUCCUUACUAUAUUCACGGGGAUCGUGAUUUCUUUGAGCCAAGUACUAUUGCAGUCUACUCCUACUUGGUAAGUGAAUUAGAAUCAAGAAGGUUACAAGGGAAAGAAAUUGCAUAUUUGCAUAUCAUUGAACCAAGAACUCAGGACAAUUUUGAAGAUAAUAAUUGGAUUCUGCAAAUAUAUAAAGGUGUCAUUAUAAGAGCCGGAAAUUAUACUGAUGAUCAUGAAAAGGCUUCCCGUGAUGUUGAUUCAUAUGAUAAAACUGUUAUUGCUUAUGGGAGAAUCUUCAUUUCAAACCCUGACUUGGCAAAUAGAUUGGAAAAUGAUCUGCCUCUACAUAAGUAUAACAGAGAUACUUUCUUUACUCCAGGUCCUACUGGAUACAUUGACUAUCCUGAUUAUAAGACAGAAUCCAAUUGACU